CAAUGAUACAUGUAUUUGAUCAUCCGCUGGGCUUUCGUGAGCCCAUUCCGGCAGGUGAUGAUGAAGUUCCAGUAUUCUCCUUCGGUGCUAAUAUGAGCCGAGCGUCGCUGAGGAGUAGAGGGGUGGCGGUCUCGGACAAGGAGCCUGUCAAAGCGACCCUGGAAGAUUACGAGUUGGUCUUCAAUUCAGCGCCAGUCCGCACGGUAGCCUAUGAGGGCCAUUACGGUAAUAUCCGUCCGAAGGAAGGCUCGAAGGUUCAUGGUGUAGUCGUAUGGUUCCCCAGAGUAGGCCUAGAAGAGCUUGAUAAGCGUGAGGGUCCAUCAUAUGAUCGUAGAUGGAGCGUAGUCGUCCCGUAUGACGCCUCUCUACAGCCUCUACCCUCUAUGGUGUAUAUACAGACCCAGUCCUUCCCGAGUGUCUCUAUUCUAGAGGAUGGUCUGCCUGGUCGGAGGUAUUUGAUGACGCUGGUCACGGGUGCCGAUCGGGUUGGUUUGUCGAGCCGUUGGGUUGAACAUUUGAGGACGCUACCAUACCGAUCAUUUGAGCAGUUCGACUGGGACGCUGAUAGACGCCUUAAGGAGCAGCUGUUACGACGUGAAUACACCCCGGAAGAAGUUGUAGCAACCCAUGACGGUUCUGUUGAGACCCUCCUGGUUUCACUCCUCGGGGUUGUUAUUCUCCUGCCGACGGACUUGAGGGAAGCGGAGCUCAAUGUUUUCAAGUCGUUCGAAGACCUCACUAUUCCCACCGCGGUCCGAGUGGCGUAUGAGCCCCCACCAACAGACAUACUUUUACUCACUCCAGAACAACGCGGAUUUGUUGAGACUAUUCUCUGCAGUUUCCUCCGUUUCCCCGGGGCUCAGCUGAUGGGACAUCUGCCCGAUUACAGAAGCUUCUGGUCCUCUCUUUGAUGCACAUUCCUGCUGUUACUGCUCCUAUGAUAUAAUA